UCCCCAAGGUGUCCCCAGUGAGCAUGGAGCCCCAAGAGCUGUCCCCGGCCCUGCUGCAGCCACAGGUCACUGUGGUGGCCAUCCUGGGCGAGCUGCUGGCCACCCUGCCCAGGCGGGACAAGAUGAUGCUCGUGUCCACAGCGGACUUGUACUGGGACCUGGUGAACUUCACCAAGGACCUCUGGGUCACCCUGUCCUGCAUUGAUGGCACCUGGUGGCGACAAAUUGUCACCUCCGAUGAUGAUGACGCUGUCACCUCCCUGAGCCAGACCCUGGCCAACUAUGAGAGCACCCCAGGGACCACCUGGGACGAUGUGACAAUGGCAGCCAGGAAGUGGCACCGGUCGGUGUCUGUGCUUGUGCACAGCUGGGCCGAGCUGGCCAGGAAGGCCACCCAGCUCCACGACACCUGCACGGAGGUGGUCACCGAGGUGGCCGACAUGGCGGCCAUCGCCACCGCCCGAGCGAGGAAGCUGCAGCGCAGGGCUGGCCGUGAUGGGACAGCUCAGGAAAACACGAUGGAGCUGGGUCAGGCCCUGGGCGAGGAGGAGGAUUGGUGGUGUAAAGCCCGGGCGAGGAGAGAGGCCAUGGUGGCUGCCAGCAAGGCAGCGAGGGCCAGCGUGGUGAGAGAGGACGUGAAGGCGGCCCUGGGGCUGCUGGAGCGCUUGGUGGCCGCGUGUGACGAAGCCACCGCGUUCCCCCGGGAGCUGCAGCGCAGGGUUGGGGACAUCAAGGCCGCCAUGGAGGGGACAAAGGAGAAAUUCUAUGAUGUCCCCGAGGACUUGGUGGCCAAGGUGGCCGUGGCCGAGCGGCUGUGGGAGGCCAACGCCCGCCUGGCCAAGGAUCACCUGCUGGGGACAGUUGGCAACAUCGUCAGGUUCUAUUUCGAUGGUGCUCCCGCCAGCCCCUGUGCCUGUGGGGUGGCCGAGCGGUGCCAAAGAGCCACCGAGGACAUCCCAAGGCUCCUUCGACCUGCAGAGCGUCCCCAGAGCGUCCCCAAAGCGUCCCCAGUGUCCCCUCCGCAGCUGCAGGCGCUGGUGGCCGUGGUGGCCACCCUGGGCAAGGUGGUGGCCACCGUGACUGGGCCACACAGGCCCGAGUGCCCGCGCAAGUGCCCAGAGUCCCUGCAUGAGGACCUGAAGAACUUCACCCGGAGCCUCCGUGCGAUCCUGAACCACGGCGGUGUCACCUCCCUGGGCCACCCUGGUGUCCCCUCUCUGUGCCGGGCCCUGGCCACCCUCUGGGCCACCCCUGGGGCCACCUGGGCCGAUGUGAGAGCCGCGGCCAGCGCCUGGCGGGAGUCGGUGGCCAGGCUUGUGGAACGCUGGGACUGGCUGGCCAGGGAGGCCACCAAGCUCCGUGAGAAGGUGGUCACGGAGCAGCAGCUGAUGGUGGCCCUGGACAGGGAGGAGGUGGCCGGGGAAAUGGCCAUGCUCGAUGCCCUGGUGGCGGCGGCCACCAAUGAGGCCAUGGCAGAGGCUGUGGCAGCCACCAGGAGGGGACAUUGGGCAGUGCUGGCCCUGGGGCUGCUGCCGCGCUUGGUGGCCACGUGUGACAGAGCCACCUUGUUCAGCUGGAACAUGGAGUGGCAGCUCAGGGACAUCGAGGCCAUCCUGACGGGGACAAACGAGGUGUCCCCUGAUGUCCUCCAGGCCUUGAUGGCCAAAGUGGCCAAGUUUGAGCAGCUGUGGGAGGCCAGCACCCGCCUGGCCAAGGAGCACCUGCUGGGGACACUUGAGGUCAUUGACAAUCUCCUCUUGAGUCCCUGUGGUGACCGUGGUGGUCCCGGUGGCCCCGGCAGCCGCGCGGUGGCCGAGCGGUGCCACAAAGCCAUCGAGGACAUCCCGAGGCUGCUGCAGGAAAGUUUCACAUAGGGGCAGAGACAUCGCCGGGGACAUCGCUGCUGUCACCUGUGCCCUCCCCGUGCAGUGUUUGAGACAGAUUUGGGGAAUUGUCGGGGGAUUUUCCAUGGUACUGCCCCAAAUCCUGAUGGGAAUUCCUGGUGCGAUGUCACUGGGGACAC